AUGCCUGCAUCUGGCGCCAAGACCAUUAUUUGUGCUGACCCACACCUUAUGGUCGACUCUGUCUCUCAUAGAAAGCAAACCCCAACCGGUGGUGCCCGCCGCAAGCCCACCCAGUCCUCGAACCACACCUCCAACGCCAACAACGCCAACAACGCCAUUACCACCAGCCCCGAACUAGGAUCAAAAUCGCGGGACACAGAGACCUACAACCCUGUCAACAGCUUCAACUCACAGGAUGUCAUCAACCAUUUCGAUCGCUCAAAAGCCGAGAUGUACAAGGGCGCAGAGACAAUGGCAUGGGGUAGCAAAGUCGCCCCAAAAGGUUCUACGAGUACGGGAGCAGACUUUUUGGCAGAACUCAACAGGAAGCAACCCGUUGCCCCCUAA